AUGUCUACGAGCAAUUCUGAUCUUGUGGGUUCAUAUAAAGCCCUUACAAAAUACAAGAACCAUGGAGAAGCCAUGAAUUUGCUGAAACGCAUUGCGUCACAGGUAAAGCCAAUAAUGAAAAGCCAUUCUUGGCGUGUAGGCCGUUUGGAAGAGUUUAAUCCUGUAGAACCGGGUUUGCUUGAGCAAGUUUACGAGCUUCCAAAGACUAUUAAUUACAUCAAAUCAGGUCUUAAUGUUGAUUACGGAAAAAUAAUAAAAAUCAGACUUCGACGACCGGGUAACGAGAAUUCGUUUAUUGAUUUCGAGAGUCUAGUGGGGACCAUGCUCCACGAGUAA